GUGAACGUGCCACAAACCCUGCCUGGCGACAUUUUCAGCAGCUGCAUUGUUGCUCUCUGCUGACGGUCGUCGUCGAUCUGCCACCAGCAAACGUUAACCAUCUAUUUAUCUACAGAGAACAAAAAUGCACGCUUUUGUAAUCGCCUGAUGUUGUUUUCCUCGUAAACAUUACCCACUCGUCUUUUUUAAUUUAUUUUUUAAUUCAAUCCCGUUGCUAAUAUAAAGCUAGGUAGCUUGAUUAGCACUCGCGAAAAUGAAUUCUAACACGCACGUCAUUCAGGUGACGAACGUCUCCCCGAGCGCGGCGUCCGAGCAGAUGAGGACUCUGUUCGGAUUCCUCGGAAACAUAGAGGAGCUGAAACUGUUUCCGCCUGAUGACUCUCCCUUGCCUGUGACUUCACGUGUCUGUUUUGUAAAGUUCCAUGAGUCUGAGUCGGUGGGAGUUUCCCAACACCUGACGAACACCGUCUUCGUGGACCGAGCCUUGAUCGUGGUCCCUUUUGCUGAAGUGGACAAGUCAUUUGCAGAGAGUCCCUUCCUUGCUGGCUGAAAGUGGUCCUCUGCUGCCAUCAGGAGAUUAGAAAAAAUAAUGGCACCAGGCUCGCAAGCCCCCUUCUCUCUUGUUCUGCAGUAAAAUAUUAACUCUUUAUUUAUUUUUUUCUCUCUGUUCAAGGCAUCUUUUAUUACAAAAAUGAGCCACACAACUCUUCAGCAAAAUAGGUGUAUGGACUUCAAGCUUGAACCAUUUCUGAUCCUCUAUUUAUAUUUGAACCGUAAGCACCCUGGGUAAGCCUGCUGUAAAUGUUCCACUGUGCUUGAACUAAUAAAUAUCAACAAUGCGUUUCAAUUUAUGUUAUCCAAACUGUCAGCAAAUGUCAGCGGGGAAAGCCACUGUAGGCUGGUCGCUUUGCGUCAAUUCCAGUGACAUUUUGCACGUGCCCAAAACAGUUUAAUCUUGGGAAUACUAUAUCAUUUAUUUUACGCCGCAUACAUGUCGAAACCAUUGAAUAUGCUACAUAUACACAAUGGUGUUUGUGGUCUCGAAAUAUUUAUAGGUUUACAUUGGGUGGAGCUAUGUUUCAUUAGUUAACCAAACUACAGGUGUAAGUUUCCCCGCCCUAACGGGUGCAACAAAACCUAACAAUAGAGUGGGGGAGAUAUCAAUCUAGCACAGUCUUAGCAGGAGAGGUCGAAUCAGCCAAAUAAGUGAACACUUUACCUCUGUGGGUGUCCGGUGUGUGACUUUGUUUUUUUGAUGCAUAGCUUUUCACCAAACUGUAUUUCCUUAUUAAAUGUAAUCGGGGCCCGAUUAGGCUAUUGGGGUGCAUUACAAAGGAAUUUAUAAAUACUGGAUCUGGACUUGGUAUUGGCUGAAUGCUGAUUUAAUGGCUCAGAUCUGGGUAAAAUGUUCCGGACAACCCUAUACCAGCACAAAGCAUGCAGGAUAGAUGCUGUGCAUGCUAGGAUAUAUUUGGAAGAUGUGUGUGUGUGUGUGUGUGUGUGUGUGUGUGUGUGUGUGUGUGUGUGUUUGUGCGAUCGGCUACACAAUUACUUUGAGUAAAUGUUUUGGAAGUUAAUUAGCAUAUAGUUUGGUUAUAACCAUGAUAAGCACACAAACCGGCAAUGGCAUUUACUUGCUCCAUGUGCGCCUUGUAUUAUUUUACAUUGUGCAUCUGUAUUUCCAAAUUUUCACUAAGACGCAAGAGAUGCAAGUAGUUUUAAUUCUCUGCUUGAUGUUGCAGUAACAAUGCUUUUUAUUGAUCCUCUCCACACAUGACUGAAAGAGUUGAGUGAAUCUCACGUUUAACAGUGGUGUUUCUUUUGUUGUUGUGUUUUACAGUUCUUUUUCCUGGUUCAGCCAGCCCUAUAUACCAGGCCCUGCUGAAAAUGCCACCAACAGUUUUGUCUUCUGCAGCCUUAUCCUGUUUCUCAAGUGUCCUUUCUGUUGUGUGUGUGUGUGUGUGUGUGUGUGUGUGCACGCACGUGUGUGUGUGUGUGUCUCUCUCGCCCUCCCCUUUUUAAAAUGUAAAAUGUCAUACAAAAAAUAGCCUGUUUUCAGAUUGCACCAUGGAUGAUCAUCUCCAUAAGAAUUUACUGUUUGAUUUCUUCAGCUUUGGCCACAUUUGUCAUGAUUUUAUGACAGCUUUAGCUGGUAAUAGCCCUUAACUGUUUAGUGCAGUUUAUCUUUGACAUUGUUUAGUGUUUUUAGUGACAUACUGUUGUCCAAAACAUUGCAGUACUGUAGCUUGUUAGCAAUACUUUAUUUGGUUGCCAAGUAUUUUUAUUUCUUUUUUUGUGGUGGAAUUGUACAAAGUAACCACCAACAAAAGCCCAGAAAAGGUAAUAUGUCUGAACCUUUUCUGUUUUUGUAUUGGUAAUGGUAAGUAAUGUUGAAAUGUAACCUUGUCUCCACCCAAAUCAUGAACUUUGUUUUUUUGUAUCUCAAUGUUUUUGUGUGCUUUAUAGCGAAGCAGCCGGCACGAGUCGCUUGUUCAUAAAACAUCUAAUGAAAGUUGAGAGCACAUCCCACGGGACAACUGGCUGUGCUUGCUUACGUUUGGUUCAUGACUUAAAAAACAAGUACAGGAGUCAUCCCUGAUGAAUCUAAAGCAAUGUCGCUGCUGGCUCCAGCCAAUGCCGUGGCAGGAAUGAUGCCUGGGGGAGGCCUUCUUCCAACACCCAAUCCUCUGGCAACAAUGGGAGGGACACCAUUUGGAGCUCCCAACAUGGAGCAAAUGGCUGCCAUGGGAAUGUCGGGCGCUAACAUGAACCCCCAGGCUCUUUCUGCCGACUUCCUGAAGCUCAUGCAGUCCAUGGACCCCAAACUUAAUCCAUUAGCGGCCGGACUGAACUUGAAUCCAGGGAUGAAGAAUGAUGCGUCCAAUAAGGAGAUUGAAGAGGCCAUGAAGAGGGUCCGAGAGGCCCAGUCUCUCAUCUCUGCAGCCAUUGAACCUGGAAAUAAAAAAGAUGACAAGCGCAAACAUUCACGCUCUCGUUCGCGGUCGAGGCGCAGGCGGUCCAGAUCUCGCUCAAGACACAGACGUUCAAAGAGUCGGUCUCGGCGCAGGUCCCAUUCAAGGAGUAGGAGGAGGACCAAGAGUCCACGCAAGAGGAAGUCCCACUCCCGCGAAAGAAACCGCUGCAGUAGAUCGAGGGACAGGAGGAAGGAGGAAAAGUCUAAGAAAAGGUCAAAGACGCCCCCCAAGAGCUACAGCAGUGCCAGGAGGUCUCGAAGCAUUAGUCGGAGGCACAGGCGAAGCCGCAGUGCAACUCGGUCCCCCAGGAGGAAGUUGUCCACUUCUCCGUCCCUCAAACGUCACAAGAAGGAGAAAAAGAAGGACAAGGAGCGAGAGAAGGAACGGGAUAGAGACCGGAGGGAGGACAAGGAUCGGAGGGAGGACAAGGACCGGAGCAGAGACGAACGGGAACGCUCGGCCAGUAAGAAGAAGAAGAGCAAAGACAAGGAGCGAGACCGGGAUCGCAAGUCUGAUAGUGAGAAAGGAGACGUGAAGGUGACCCGUGAUUACGAUGAAGAGGAGCAAGGUUAUGACAGUCAAAAGGAAGGAGAGGAGGAUGACUAUGAGAGGAAGAGCGACUCUGACUCUGCCUCAUCCCCCAAGGGCCAGGAGGAGACGGAGAGAUCAGAGGGCCAAACCCCCAAGAAGUCCAAAUUGAAUGGAGACGACCACCAUCAGGAAGACAUGGAGAUGAGCGACUAAGAACAGCCCGAACAGUGUUAACUUUCCACUUUUAUAUUUUUAAUAUAGGCCACAACAUGUCUGUGUCUGAUCACUCGAAGUUAAAAAGAAUGAUUUGUUGUCUUAACUGUAGAAGCGUUGGUGAAGGAAGGUGGUUAAAUCCUUUUUGUAAAGACGAGGAAACGACGACUAAAAUAUGAUUAACGUGAGACAUGGUUUUAAAUAGUCAUUGCUGUACUUUUUUAAGAUUCUGUUUUUUUUGUUACCUUUUUGUGUUUUGAACUUUGUCUUCCUGGCAGUAGAAUACAAAGCAUUUCCAACUAAAUUUCUGUCGAUGUAAAUAUUUUAUUGAGUCCUUUCUUCCUUGCAUGUGACUGAGUCACUUAACACCCAGCACAAACUUUAUGGUAAUGUUUUGUUUGCUGAACAAUUUUGCUUUAACUGUAAUGCACGCAGUCCUGUUUCAGAUGCCCUUACUAUUUACAACCUGUGGUAAGUGUACACUGUAGAUCGAAAUGUGUUGUUGCAAUGAAAUGCUUUAGGUUUUCCAAAGGAAACUAAUAAAAUUGGGUUAAACUGUCAA